UUCAAACAUCCGGUUUUGUUACUGACCAAGCUUCUAUUUAAAAAAUCGUUGCUAUGAUAUCAAAAUAAGUAACUAGUCCUGCAUCGAACAACAGAUUUGAUAAUCAACAAACAUUAGGUUAACUUUGUGAAAAGUAUUAUAGCAUAAAAAUGGCAUUUUCUGAAGAUCCUGUGUAUGUUUCUUUGGACCAGAAGUUUGACAAAGUUUUGGCAGAUAUGAAGCCAUAUGUAUUGAAGUUACCACAUAAAACAGGAGACAAAAAACGCUCAGAUCGACAGAAGUGUGCCAUCUGGAUAAAGAAGCUUUGCGAACCAGUUACAGGAAUUACAGGAAGAAAGAACAGAAAUGCUUAUGCACAAUUAAUGUUACACAUGUUGAAACGAGGAGUACUAGAAGGACCAUUUACCAGUAAACCACAGGAUGGUGAAUUACCAACGUUACCACCUUAUAUGUCUAUCUACUUUGAUGAACCCUCCUCCUCUCAUGACACAGAUGACAAAGUUCCAGACUGGGUGAAUGGAGAAUUAACAAGUUCUGUUGGAUCAUCACUAUUUAGAUCUAACAUUGGUAACCCAGCAGCAUCGUCUACAUGGAAGUCCUUACCAUCUCCCAUCUCCCCACAGAAAUCCAGAAGGUAUUCUAAAAUCCCUAAACCAAGGAGACGAGCUUAUACCAGCAUAGGAAUAGAUUUAGACCGGGAUCCAGGAUACACAUCUCCUAGCAGAGGUCUAGAAAAACCACAGCCAGGACCAUAUGAUGAUAGUUUUCUGGGUAGAGGUCACCAGCAAGAUCGAGUCCAUUUUAUGUCUGAUGAUGAAGGUAGUUAUAUAAAAAAGGAUGAACAGAAGAAAAAGAAAGAUAAAAUAAGGAAAAAGGGUUCUGAUGAAGAAUUAAGUCAGCCAUCACCUCCUGGCUAUGAAACUGGUGGUGUGACCAAUCUAUUUGGAACUACUACAGGAACUACAUUCUUUGAUGAUCAUACAAAAGACUAUGGAAAGGAGAAUAUACAAAUGAAGACCAAAAUGCUGGAAGCCAGAUUCCAUGAAGAAAAAUUAAAAUUACAACAAAGACAUGAUGUCGCAGUUCAAAAGAUACUAGACAGGAAAAAUACAGAAAUUGAAGAAUUAAAGGCUAAUUACAGAGCUAAAGCUAAAGAGUUAGAAGAUACUAUUACAAAGUUGGAAAGAAAAAUCCAGUCAGUUGUCAGAGAUUCUCAGAAUGUCAGAGAAACAAAAGAUAAACAGAUUGCUGAAUUACGGAAAAUGGUGGAAGAUACUACAGAAAAACGCAAAAGCGAUUUUGAGAGAAAAUUAACAGAUUUACAAACUGAAUUUGAGCAAGAAAAGUUUGAAAUGCAGAAACAACAUACAAAGAAUAUCCAAGAGAUCUUAGAUGACACCAACGCAAGACUACAAAAAAUGGAGAAGGAAUACAGUCAACAGACUCAAUCAACAACAUCAAUAAUAAAAGAAUUAGAAAGUAGACUCCACCAACUGUUAGCAGAUUCAGAACAAACUGCUAAAGCCAAGACAAAUUUAGAGAGAGAAAAGAUUGAUGUUGAGAGUAAACUAGACAGACUGUCGUCUGAUUACAGUGAUCUGAGGGAUAGUCAUAAGAAUUUGGACAGAGAACAUCAAAGAAUGAUAGAAGCUCAUAACCAGGAGAUGAGAACCAUAAAGAAUAAAACUGAUGCUAGUCUGGAGUUUAUGAAACAAGAGCAUAACUUAUCUUCUGCUAAGGCCACAGAUACUAUAUCAGAUUUAGAACAGUCAGUUGAUCAACUCAAGCGGUCACUGAAAGAUGCAGAAGAACAAAGACAAAGACAAAUAAGGGAAAUGGAACAAGUACAGCAACAAGGAAAGAUACAUCUUGAAAACUUACAUGAUAAACAGGUCAGAACUAUGAAACUAGAAAUGGAACAUAGUGAACAGAGUCACCAGAAACAGGUUCAUAAGUUAGAACAAUCAAUCAGGGAAAAAGAGGACGAAAUAAAAUCCCUACAAGAACAAAACAAACAACAGGCGGCUCAGUCUGAGAAGUCCUUGACCGAUUUUAAAGGUCAAGUAGAGAAAAAUCAGACCAGAAUGUAUGAUGAAAUGAAACAACAGAUGGAAAGGGUAGAAGCAGAUUUGAACAAAUCAAAACAAGUUAGAGAAAAACAAGCAAGAGAAUUCCAGAAACAGUUAGAUGAUGAACGAGACCAGCAUGAAAGAAGGGAAGUAGAAUUAAAGAUGUCGUUAGAACAGGAGAAAGCUCAAUACAUGAAAGAGUUCCAUCAACAGAAAGAAAUGGUCCUCACUGAACAUGACAGAGAAAUAGACACAAUGAAAGAACAACAUAGAAAUGAAGUAUACGAUGUAGAAUGUAGGUUUAAAGAGAAACAAGAUAAAGACUCAAAGAAAAUUCAUAUGAUGGAAAAACAAAUCCAGGAAUUAAGGGAAGAAGUUGUACAAGCUAAUCAACUACGCAAACAACAGCUUGUAGAACUGGGAUUGUUAAGAGAGGAGGAAAAACAAAAAAUGCAGAGAGACCAUGAGGCAGAGGUUUCUAAACUGAGAUCAGAGAUGGAGCAGCAACGACUAGAAUUACAGAAAUCACACAGCACAGAGUUAGAGAAAAUGUUAGAAAAGACCAACAAUAGACUUAAGGAUAUAGAAAGAGAAUAUAAUGAACGAGGAAACCGAGCAGCUGAGACAAUUAAUGAGCUGCAGAACACAAUAAGUCAUCUUAGGGAUGAAAUCAAAAGGAUUAAAGAAUCUGGAGAUAAGAAAUUGAAAGAUACGACUACAAAACAGGAAGAUGACAGAAGGAAUAUGAAGAAAAACUACACUACUAAUUUAGAGAGCAUGAGGAAAGAUAAUGAAUCCCAACACAACAGAAAUAGAACAUUAGAGAGACGAAUAGAACAGAUGGAGGCAGAUCAUGAGGAAAAGGUAACCCAGUUGAAGUUAGCAUUUGAGGAGAAAAUGAGAGGAUUAAUGCCAUCAUCAGUCAGACAGGAGUUGGAAGACACCAUUGACUCUUUGAAGUCACAAGUGAACUCAUUACAACAGAAAUCAUUAGUUCUACAGGAGGACCUAGAUUUGCGGAACCAGUACCCACAAUUCUCAGCUAGUUCGCCAAUCAAAGCAUUAUGACAGGGUCAUGACCCACAAUAAACUAAGCAAUAUCUGUGAUAUUAUUGUAUGCUCAGGCUACAACACUACGAAAAGUCAUCCAACAUAGAGUAGUAGACAUAUAAACAAAACUGGUAUCCUGUUUUAUAUCUAGCAUUGCUCAUUGUUAUCAGAAUCCAGUUUUGUUCAGAAUUAUUUUCAGACAAGACAUAUCUAAUAAAAGAAUCAUUUCCGGACUUGAACUGGGUGUUGAUUUGUCAGAUAUGUCAGUGUGAUGAAAUGAAAGGGUAUAAUGGAAUGUACUUGUGAAGAAGUUGUGUUUGGUUUAAUAUAUGCAAUCAUGAAUGGGCUGAAAAGAAAGUUUGAAAUUUAUUCCACAUCUUCAUGAUCUUGCCAUAUAUAAAAUGCCAGUACAAAACAUUUUUAUUUUGAGUUUUGAAAAAAAUUUUGAGAAUGACAGAGUAAAUGUAAAAUAAUAUUGAAUUACAAGUCUUUCUGAUUUCCAUUGUUUGAAAGAUUUUCAGUAGUUGACAAAAACAACAGCUUGUUUUAAAUUAAUUUUGUUAUAUUUUAAUAUUAUUUUGUUAGCUAGAUAAUUAUAUAUUUUACAUUUGUAUAUUACCAUUUGUGCCAUUGUUUAUUUAUUCUCUUUGUAAAUAACAGCCAUUCACUGCCGUUAUAAAGUAUAAAUAUAUAAUUCAGAAAGAUUCUAUCGAUUUUAUUUUUUUAUUCCAUUAUUGCAGAAAGGAUGAUUUUGUAUUAUAUAUCAUUUGAAUGUAUUAUUCCGUUAUCAUAUAAAAGAACAAACUUCUCUUAAUUCAGUGUUUUAUUCCAUUAUCUAAUGAAAGGAUGAAUUUUCAUACAUUUCAACAUUUUAAUACGACCGCAAAAAAAUUUUGCAGUCUUAUAUUGGUAUGACGUUGGCGUCGUCGUAGUCGUCGUCCAAAGACACAUUGGUUUUCGCACUCUAACUUUAGUUCAAGUGAAUGGAUCU